AUGGCGGAUGAUGAAUUAGCACAGAUCCGUGCUGCACGACUGGCACAACUGAAACAGCAAGGCGCAAGUCAAUCGAAUGGUGCAAAUGGUGGAGGGACCGCAGGAGAGGAUGACCAGCGCAAGCAACAAGAAGAGCAACGAGCAUCAAUCCUAAACCAAAUCCUCGAACCAGAAGCUGCAGACAGACUGGGCCGAAUACGCAUGGUUAAAGAAUCACGCGCCAAAGAAGUUGAAGAGAGAUUGAUCAUGCUGGCACGAUCAGGACAGCUAAGAUCCAAGGUUACAGAGGAUCAACUGAAGCAGUUGCUGACCUCUUUGACCGAGCACGAAGAGCAGACUGGCAAGAAUAUCAAGAGUGCAAAGGUAGUGCGCAGGACGACCUGGGACGACGAAGACGAUUUGGACGACCUGUUGAACGACGUCUGA